AUGCGUCCGAUCCUACUUAAAGGCCACUCGCGAUCCUUGACUAUGAUCAAAUAUAAUCGCGAGGGUGAUCUUCUGUUUUCAUGCGCUAAAGAUCAUACACCAAACCUUUGGUAUAGUGACACUGGUGAACGUAUUGGCACGUAUGUGGGUCAUUCGGGCGCUGUAUGGGCUUGCGACGUGAGCCAUCACUCUGAUCAUCUUCUCACAGCUGCUGCUGAUGCGACCGUGAAAUUAUGGGAUGUCCAGACGGGCAAAGAGCUCUUUUCGUUUCCGCAUACUGGUCCCGCGCGUAGUGUCAACUUUAGUACUGGUGACAAGUUUUUUGUCUCGGUGGCCGACAAAUUUUCCGAUCGGCCAGCGGCAGUAUUUGUCUAUGCGCUAGCCAAGGAUUUGACUUUUCAGAGUGCUGAUCCCAUUUUGACUAUCACGAAACAUGGACAUGAGGGACGGAUCACUGGAGCGUAUUGGAUGCCACUGAACAAGGCCAUUAUGACGACAGGUGGAGACGGCUUUAUUAAACUUUUUGACCCUAAAACGGGUGAGUUACUAGAAAGUCACAAAAUCCAUACCGGUGAAAUAACGAACGUAGCAUUUAACAAGAGCAAGACACUUGCAAUCACGUCAUCCAAGGACAAUACGGCCAAACUUCUCGAUGUUGAGACACUGAAGGUAUUGAAGGUGUACGAAACAGAUCGUCCAGUAAAUUCUGCUGCUAUUUCACCAAUUAAAGAGCAUGUUGUAUUGGGCGGUGGUCAAGAGGCCAUGAGUGUCACAACGACAUCUGGUCGAGUGGGCAAAUUUGAAGCUCGUUUUUUUCAUAUGGUCUUUCAAGAGGAAUUUGGCCGUGUCAAAGGCCACUUUGGACCCAUUAACACGAUAGCUUUUCACCCUAAUGGUAAAAGUUAUGCGUCUGGUGCUGAAGAUGGCUACGAGCACGAUGGGCGAUACACACUAGUCGACGAGCAUUUAGAAAUGGAAGAAGCCAUGCACUUUUUAGAUGAACUCAAAGACAAGUACUUGCAUCAGGUCGAGCAGGCAAUUGAGGACUGGGACUACCAAGAUUUUUCGCCAGACAAACGCUUUGCGCUUCUUGACAACGACGGGGAGCAAAAUGCUCGUGAUGGCCAAAGUGAUUGCCACACACUACCAACUUUUUCCAAUGCAAUGCGAAAGUCUUGGGUGGGUUUGACACCCGAUGCUGAGCUCGAAAAUAGCUUUGCUUGUGAUCGAGAUGGAACAAAAGGUUGCGACUACGAAAUGAAAUUGGUCGUACUUUGUACGCCUCCAGGUGGAAUAAAUGGUAUUCCAAGUGCAGAAAGCGUCCAGCGUUUGCUUGCUCAGAUUCCUCGCGUUGACGCCGUUAGCAUGGCUGCUGCGUUUGCUGCUCGAUUACAAGACAUUCAAGUUAGUCAGCCGUGGCAGGUGCGCGCAAAGGCAAUUUUACUGAUGCAAAUACUCGUGGAGAUCAAACCGUUCGCGGGACGAUAUAUUCCUGUUUUCGAAGCAAACUCGAAGCUUUUGAGCCAUCUUGAUAGCCUUCGAACCAGCUCACAAAAUCAGGUGGUACGUGAGGGUGCACGAAAACUGCUUUCACUCAUUCGCUCCAACGGCACAAACUCGGCGCUUAUACCGAAAAGUAGCCCAGUAAAGCCGCACGUUCGUCAUGUCCAAAUUGUUGGUGGGCAGAACAAGAUUCGCGCUCCAGUCGCAGCUUCUCAACCUUCGAAACCUCGCAUGUCUCCGGGCAAGCUGGCAGUGGAUAAGAUAUUUAAACCCGAGCUCGUUGUGUCUACAGACAAUAUCCAGAGCUCAAAAUCGUCUCUUGUUCUUAGUCCGAAGGUAUCGCAAGCUGUUCAGGCUUCGUGGAGACGCCGUACCAGUGAAUCGAAAUUGAACUAUGAGGGUGACAACAUUAUGCAAAACGGUGUCUCGAAGCCAUUGAUUGAUGAAGUUCCUAUUGGAGUAGCUUGCCAAUCUUCAGUUCAUAAAUUGAAUGUAACGCUGGAUAGUGGUAGACCAAGCGCUUUUUCGUUUGUCCAGUAG